AUGGAAGCUCCACCCAAUGCAGGUUCAUGGAGUCUUCAAACAUCUCGAGAUUAGAAUCCUCAAAAACGAGUCGAUACCUGUGAGUGUAAUUCUUCUGAGGGUUGGAUGAUCAUCACCAGAUAAAAAAUGAAUGAGUGAGAAACUGUUGCAAUGACCACAGGAUUAGAAUAGAACUCUGGGACAAAUCCAUCAAUCCACUCUCGGCUGCAAAUGUUGUAGCUUUUAACAUUAAAUCAACCCGAUUUAAAUGAGUGUCUUUGCUAUUACUCGAUAUACUCUAAUUGUCAAUAGUUAAGACAAACUUAGAAAUGACCUAUUAUUAUUAUUAUUAUUAUUAUUUUAAAUUGAGAAUUAAUUCUAUUUCAAACUCAUUUUCAUACGUCUCAUUUCUAGGCUAUCAACCGCUCAGGACAUUUGCCUAAUAAUGCAUUUCUAAUAGAAUACAUUUACUGCAUUUACUGCAAACUACUCCAUUGUUUAGAGAAAUGUGACAAAAUAACAGCCUUUAUUUAGUCGUCCACUACUGCCCCACGACAUGUGCUGUUUAUGAUCUGUCCUAUACGUCGGUCUUUAAAUAUCAUGUAGGCUACUUACGUAUGAGCCAUAAAAUAACCUGAAAUUAGGCUAUAACUAUAAUUUAGUCUUUCAUACCCAAAUCACAUUUUGGGAAACGUUGGUUUAAAAACACAUCCAUUGCUCAUAAAUUAACCAAUGUAGGUCUAAACAGGGAUUUCUCAACGCGAAAUGUUCCCUUAAAGCACCAAUUAAACGGACUUCAUAAUUGUCUGCUAUUGACCAUAGGUUCAAACAUUCACAUGUGGCCCUGUUUUGGUGUGUUAAUCGAAAAACAAACAGUGACCUGAUUGACUUUUAUAUUAAUCACCGUUAGUAAUAUUUAACACACAUGUUGUGCAAUGUGAGCUUUUUCUGUCUUUUGUGUUCUAUUCAAAUCAUUAAAGUCUACUUUGCAACACUACAAGAACCGUGCUGAUGGAAAAGCUAAGCAUUGGCGGCCAAUAUUUAGAGGUAACCUACCACAAGCUAAUUGGGUGGAUUAUAAUUACAAGCAUGUUAAUAAAUGGCAUUAUAAUUAGAAAAUAUAAUCACAUAAUUAGUAGAGAAAUAAUUGAAUGGGCUACCAUGUACCGCUCUCGACAUGUGUUCAUAUUUAUUAUUUAAACAAGAAACAUUUCGGAAGGAAUUGAUUGGAUUUAGGCCUAAUGCGGCCUUAAUUAUCUAGACUUUAGUUAUAGGAAAACAUCUAGACAUUGGCCACAUCGUUAAAGCUUCCAGCUGAUGCAAACAGGCACAAUUGACAGUCUGCGUGGCAGAUACUGACGUAUAUUUGAGUGGUUUAUUAAAAACUAUGCUAUUCCUUUAUUUGCAAACGUGAUUUCUGUACUAUUUUGUUGAAAAGUAUAUGGCAGACUUGCUGUCAAUCCCUUUCAGUUUGUCGAACCACACCAUUCCGCUUUGUGAGAUUUAUUUAUAUGCGAAGUCUUUCCGUAAUUUCAUAAAUCCAAAUAUAGCAUCGUUUUUCAGCCUUUCGUAUUAUCCCUCCCCUGUAGAUAAUUCCACUCCUUGGCAUAUAAAACAUGUGAAUUCAAGGACAGGCCCACGCUGGAAAGCUGUAUUAUAUCUUCAGAUACCGUGUGGCACACCUCCAUAUUGAAGUCCUUACUCUAGCUGUUGAAGCCGUAACCGUAAGCCAGUGCCUCGUGCAAUAAGUUUGCCCUCCCCCUGAUCGCGGGGCGCGCGACUGAACUUUCACUACAGUUGCGCAGAGGGAAGGUAGGCAACGUCCUGACCGACUCACGCUCCUAUGAGCAGAUUGGGAGCAGACCUGCCAGCCCCUCAAUUUCAUCUACUUCCUGUAGUCAGCAAUUCCAUCCCAAAAGAGGGAAAAAAGUGGAAGGAAGAAUUUGACUAACAGUUCUAAAUAAGGCGCCCCGAGGAACAGCAUACAUUUGGCCGUCUUCGCCUCUACUCAUACCAGUCCAGCAGUGUUUAUGGCGGAGUAUCUCAUUUUUAAUAUCGAGUAAAUACCUAGAGGGUUACCGUACUUGACAUAGAAUACGAAAGCGAGAUUCGUGUUCCAAAGUAACCUCGUAUCUUAACACGAAGAUGCUUCGUGCGGAGGAUUACUCAUGGUGGUUUUCGUGAGUAAAUGAGUAGCGUCGCGUGUAAGGGAGUCGACUUGAACUUUUCAUAAACUACAAUACCUUAAGCGACUAUCGUUUUUACUGGGCCUUUUUCAUGUAUUGGAAAAAUGAGAUUUUGGCCCCUCUAUCAGAGGGAAAUCAAUUUCUAUCCGAAGGAAUUCCCACUAAACAGGUGAUUUCUCCAGACUCGCAGACUACACCGAGAUCAACACGCUGUGUGGAUUCCAAACAGGGACACACAAUGUCGCACUCAGACGGAGAAUCGCACAGAUCGAACAUGGAAAAAGAUGACCCACGUUCUUCCCCGAGUCCUCCGUCAACGCCGUCCGUCUGCUCGCCCAUAUCAUCCGUCUCCUCCGUGCCGUCCACGGGGAAGAACGUGUGCGCAAGCUGCGGGCUGGAGAUUCUAGACAGAUAUCUGCUCAAGGUGAAUAACUUAAUUUGGCAUGUAAGGUGUCUGGAAUGUUCCGUCUGCAGGACGUCAUUGCGUCAACACAGCAGCUGCUACAUCAAAAAUAAAGAAAUCUUCUGUAAAAUGGAUUAUUUCAGUAGGUUUGGUACGAAGUGUGCCCGGUGCGGUCGUCAGAUCUAUGCCAGCGACUGGGUGAGGCGUGCCAGGGGCAAUGCCUACCACCUGGCCUGCUUCGCCUGCUUCUCCUGCAAGAGGCAGCUGUCCACCGGGGAGGAGUUUGGCCUGGUGGAGGAGAAGGUGCUCUGUCGAAUCCACUACGACACCAUGGUGGAGAACCUGAAGCGGGCCGCAGAGACCGGCAGCGGACUCACUCUGGAAGGCAGGGCGGUACCGUCUGAACAGGACAGCCAAGCGAAGCCCGCCAAAAGAGCACGAACAUCUUUCACAGCAGAGCAACUUCAGGGUGGAGUGAUGCAGGCUCAGUUUGCACAGGACAACAACCCUGACGCCCAGACCCUUCAGAAGCUGGCAGACAUGACGGGGCUCAGCCGACGCGUCAUACAGGUUUGGUUUCAAAACUGCAGAGCAAGACAUAAAAAGCACACCCCCCAGCACGGUGGGCCCCCCCAGGGUCACCCGCAGGCUCGGAUGCCCCCGUCCAUGCCUGACGACCUGCACUACUCCCCCUUCGGAAGCCCAGAGAGAGCACGCAUGGUGGCUCUGCACGGAUACAUAGAGAGUGAGUGGAAGUGGUUUUACACACCAAACCCCCCUGUUGAUUGCAUUUUGCGCUACCCUGCCUAUUUUGGGGGGAGAUCUUUUUGA